CACUUUCAGCACAUUGAAAUUGUAUCGAGCAUCCUGCAAAUAAGAUUAUGAAACAAAUUCAAAAGGCUAUUAUUAUUAUUAAUAUUAUUAUUAUACGACGGAAAAUAGCCAGUUCGAUAGCUCGAAACACGUUGCUAAUCGAUUUGUAUUAUACAUAUCGAUUUAUAUCGUUAACGCACUUUCGAUCACGGUAUUUCAUUUGUAGAUUCAUAGAUGGCAGCGUAAUCGGCGAUUGUUUGUAGGUACAGAAAAACAGCGUUGAGUUUCCGGUCUUUAUGAUAUAUGGUCGUUGGUAGGAAGCCCUACCUCUAUGUAUGGUGUUAUCCUUUGCAUGAUUCUUCUCCUUGGUAUUUGUUUUUUUGUAAUAAAUUGAGAGGUCGUUUCAAUUUUGGUCACGCGUGCUGAAAUAAUAAUGAAAUAGAACUGCAUAUUUUAAAUAUUAGGGUUUCUAAGAAAUCCAGAGGUUUUGUGUACUGUCCUGAACCUGAGAAUAUUUAUUUUUGGUUGGGUUGGACAAAUUUUGUUUCGAACUUCUAGAAGGUUAGGAUGCAGCCGCAGAUAAUCCUCCUGAAGGAGGGCACGGAGAGCUCCCAGGGCAAGCCACAGCUCAUCUCCAACAUCAAUGCGUGCCAGGCGGUGGUGGAUGCGGUGCGCACCACCUUGGGGCCCCGCGGCAUGGACAAGCUCAUCGUCAACAACAACAAGGCGACCAUCUCGAACGAUGGGGCAACCAUCAUGAAGCUGCUGGACAUUGUACACCCUGCGGCCAAGACCCUCGUGGACAUCGCCAAGUCGCAAGAUGCUGAGGUUGGAGACGGUACUACAACUGUUGUGAUUCUGGCUGGGGAGUAUCUCAAGGAGUUGAAACAUUUUGUGGAAGAAGGUGUGCACCCGAGAAUCAUCAUCAAGGCUGUUAGGAAAGCCACACAAAUUGCUGUGGAGAACGUGAAUCAGCUGGCUGUCAAGAUAGAGCGGUCCAGCGUGGCAGAGCACCGUGCCCUGCUGGAAAAGUGCGCUACCACCGCGCUCAGCUCCAAGAUGGUCAGCCACCAGAAGGGCUUCUUCUCCAAGAUGGUGGUCGAUGCAGUGCUGCUGCUUGAUGACCUGCUGCCUCUCAACAUGAUUGGCAUCAAGAAGAUUACCGGAGGGGCUCUUGAAGACUCGCUGCUGGUGGCCGGUGUGGCCUUCAAGAAGACGUUCUCCUACGCCGGCUUCGAGAUGCAGCCCAAGAAGUACAGCGACCCCAAGAUCGCCCUGCUGAACAUAGAGCUGGAGCUGAAGGCAGAGCGGGACAACGCAGAGGUGCGUGUGGAGAGCGUGGAGGAGUACCAAAAGAUAGUGGAUGCAGAGUGGAGCAUCCUGUACGAGAAGCUGGACCUGAUCCACCAGAGUGGGGCGCAGGUGGUGCUGUCCAAACUGCCCAUUGGCGACGUGGCCACGCAGUACUUUGCCGACAGGGACAUGUUCUGUGCCGGACGGGUGCCGGACGAGGACCUGAAGCGCACGAUGAAGGCGUGCGGGGGCUCCGUCAUGUCCACCGUGCACGACCUCAAGGACGCCGUGCUGGGGCGCUGCAGCCACUUCGAGGAGCGCCAGAUCGGCGGAGAACGGUUCAAUAUCUUCACGGGCUGUCCUAAUGCCAAGACGUGCACCAUCAUUCUACGUGGAGGAGCCGAGCAGUUCCUAGAAGAGACAGAAAGGUCUUUGCAUGAUGCUAUCAUGAUUGUUCGCAGGACCAUAAAGAAUGAUGCUGUUGUUGCAGGAGGAGGAGCAAUCGAAAUGGAGUUGAGUCGUGUGCUUCGUGACUACUCACGGACCAUUGCAGGCAAGGAACAGCUUUUGAUAGCAGCUGUGGCCAAGGCGCUCGAGGUUGUACCCCGGCAGUUGUGUGACAAUGCCGGUUUUGAUGCCACCAUUAUUCUCAACAAGCUGCGACAGAAACACGCCCAAGGUCAUAACUGGUUCGGCGUGGACAUUGGCAAGGAAGACAUCAGCGACAACUUUGAGGGUUGCGUGUGGGAGCCGAGCGUGGUGAAGAUCAACGCCCUGACUGCAGCCUGCGAGGCGGCGUGCUUGGUGCUGUCUGUGGACGAGACGAUCAAGAACCCCAAGUCAGGGGGAGAUGCGCCUAUGGGGCGUGGCAUGGGUAGGCCCAUGUGAGCUAGCACAUCACCUUUCUUUGUAAUAACUAUCCUAUCAUUAAUUCUGUAUUAAAAUACAUCUCUUGGCAGGUAACACUUACUGUUCAAGCAUGCCAUUUCGUUAAAGCGCAAAUAAUGUACUGCUUUUGCAAUAAACUGACUCACUAAAA